GCGAUAAUGAAAAGUUCGAAAAGUUGUAUGGGCUAUUGUAUGAGCAAGUGGAAGAGCGGGAUGCAAAGAAGAAGGAAGCCAUGCUAGCUCAGAAAGCGGAGGAAGACAAGGCGAAAUCCUUGGCGGAACAAAAGGAGAAGGAGAAACAUGAGUUGGCUAUGGCCCGUCUGGUGAGAGAGAACGUGAAGAUUGUUUGUGAAAAGGCUUUGGGGAAGAAGAUUGACUUACCGGAAGAUGGGGAGUCCGAGGUGGUACAGCUGAGAAGGGAACUGGAGGCACUUAAGGCUCGGAGCCUUGAACCUGCUAAGGAGAGUGAGUUGGAAAGGUUGAAGAAGAAACGGGAGAUAUUGCUACCUAAACAAGAGGAAAAACGACUAAGGAAGGAGGUUGAUGAUUUACGGAAAGGAGGAAAGCAGACCGCUUCGAGUGGAAUCUCGAAUGAGAAAGAGCAGCAAGAGAUUGCCGAUCUGAAGAAACAGAUUGGGGAUCUGAAGGUGAUCCAAUUUGCACUUGAAGAGAAAAAUAAUGAAGUGGCGAUACUACGAGAGGAGAAUUUGCAUUUAAGAGACCUGAAAGAUGAGGUGUGUGUGGCGAGGCUGAGUAAAAGACCUUCUGAUGUUGUGACACAAAAGAGCCCUCCGGAGGAACCGGCGAUGGGCAAGGCUAAGGUGACUGAUAGCAGCACAGCAAUGUACACACCUAAAGACAUGGAGGCGCUCAGAAAAGCGUACAAGGAUGCGCUCGUCAGCAAGCAGUGGGUGCAAGAGGAGGUGCGGAUGCUCAAGGAGAGGUAUGCGAGAAAAUCAGCAGCCAGGCUGAGGCGUAUGCCUACGAUGCGGAAGGCAACGCUGCGAAAUCUGAAGAAAAGCUUGAAGAAAGCGGCCACGGAGGAGAUCACGACGGACAAGGAGGAUUCCAAACAGGAGGAGGAAGAAGGAGAAACCCUGACGAGGAAGGGGCCGUCUACGAAGUAGGCGGAUAAGCAUGCCAGCGAUCGAUACAGAAAGGUGCUGGCCGCAAAGAAUAAGGAGUUGAAACCACUCAAGAAAGCUAAUGUCG